CUCCUCGCAGUUUUCCCUAAUCCUGCUCAUAUUUGAAACAUAGAUAAUUUUUUUGUGCUCUCUCUUUGGCUUAUACCUCUAAUAGAACUUAUUUGAGGAUUCAAGACCUAGGACCUUUACUACUCAAGAUCCUUUGUGGACUGAAGACCCUUUCCUACCGAGUUCAUAGUGCUCCACUGUCGAUACCAACCCAAAGAGGACCAGGAUGAUGCAAGCACCCUGUCGAUCCUGAGAGAACUCUCUGGAGGCUUCUUCAAGCUUUCGGGUUCUCAGCUAUCUUGAAGCCAUAUUUGAAAUAAAAAUCUCACAGUGUACAAAGAUGUAAAACAGUGUUCAUUGCAACAUCGCUUUAAAAAAAUUUAUUUCUCACAGUUCUGGAGGCUGGAAAUCCAAGAUCAGGGUGCCAGCGUGGUCCGGAAAUAAGCUUUGGGUGUUUUAAUAAUGGCUACACAUACUAGUCCUGUCUUCCAUGGUCAAGAUAAUACGUUUCUGGAAGAUCACUGCCUGAGGAGAAACAAUGACAAAGAUCCAAAGAAGCGACUGGACCAGAAGGACCUUUGUGGACGUGGCCAAAAUCCAGACAAUGGACUACUGGUUACACAUGUUAACCAGACACAGGACUUACUGAGGCUGCCGGGAGACGAGACCCAACCCUUGGCUGGGGAGGACUCGGAAGACUGGCUUUCAACGCGCAGUUUACAGUUUGAGAGGCUCACCUUGGCUGACCUGCUUAGCCAGGGCACCGCCGUGCUGGAGGAAGGCAGCAAUAUCACGAGGAAAGUGCACGUCUCUACCCAGAUCCUCCACCAGUUCGAAUCCAAGCUUUCUGAGGCUGUGGAACUCUAUCAGCAGAGAAUCCAGUGGCUCGCAGAAAACAGCAGGAAGGUAUUUGGCCUCAUCAAGGGAGCCAGAGUUGGUAUUGUCAUUGAUGUGUCAGCCGUCAGCAGUGGCUCUCAGAAAGAGGAGUUCCAAAAGGACUUCCUGAGCCUCGUUGAGGAGCAGCUGAGCCACAAGGAGAAGCUGUAUGUCCUGUCCUUCGGCUCUUCCGCCAGCGCCCUGUGGCCAGAACCAGUGGAAGUCAGCUCCUCCACCCUCCAGGAAGUGAAACUCUGGGUGAAGAAGCUACAGCCUGAGGGAGGCAGCAAUUUGCUACAAGCCCUGAGGAAGAUCUUCACCCUGAAGGAGCUGAAUUCUCUGGUGACCAUCAUGAGAAGCUGCCCAGAUCAGCCUUCUGAAAUUCUGUCUAACUACAUCCAACAGUCUACCAUGGGAAGGGACCUCAUCACCCACAUCAUCACCUACAAAUGUAGUAAUCAAGUCCCCCUUGCUGUCCUAAAGAACCUUGCAGAAGCUCUUGGGGGCUACUACCACUGCUAUAGCCCAGAAACAGAGCUCUACACUAGCUGGGACACAGACCGGCUGCUGGCAGAAAUCCAGAAAGCCCAGAGCCUCCUGGGCCACAUCCAAGCCUUGCGCCAUAGGACCCCCUGUGAGGAACUAACCAACAUGAUGAAGGAGAUUUCCACAGAGAUUGCAAAAGGGCCACUCACAGGUCUCUUGCCUAAACCCCCAAAGCAUGAGGGUCCCCUCACAAUUGAGUUCCCAAACUUGGACAAGACUUCUGCAGAAUGGCUAAAGAUCAAUGGCCUAAAAGCCAAAAAGCUAAGCCUUUAUCAGGUUCUGGCACCCAAUGCAUUCUCUCCUGUGGAGGAAUUUGUACCCAUUCUCCAGAAAACUGUCUCUUCAACUAUCCAUGAGAAGGCAAUGGUACAAUUUGAAUGGCAUGACGGGACAGUGAAGAAUGUUCACGUGGACCCACCCUUCCUCUAUGAGUACCAGAAACAGCUCAGCAGAGCUCUUCGGACAUAUGAGAGACGGAUUGAGUGGCUCUCCCUGGCCAGCCGAAGAAUCUGGGGCACCGUCUGCGAAAAAAGGGUGGUUAUACUGCUGGAUAUCUCUGUGACCAAUUCCAUGUACAUUAUUCAUAUCCAGCACUCCCUGCGGCUUCUGCUGGAGGAGCAGUUGUCCAACAAAGACUGCUUCAACAUCAUCGCAUUUGGAAGUACAAUUGAAAGCUGGAGGCCUGAGAUGGUUGCCGUGAGCCACGAAAACCUACAAAGCGCCUGGCGGUGGGCACUGAGCCUGCGGUGUCAGGGAAGCCGUAAUGUCCUCAGCGCCCUGCGGAAGGCUGUGGAAGUGGACUUCAAGGACAAAGACAAGUAUCAGUCCCAGGGCAUCUACCUCUUCACGGGGGGCAUCCCUGACCAGGACAUGCCCCUGCUCAGCGCCUACAUGGCUGAGGCCUGUGGGGGCUGUGACCUCCAGCUGAACGUGUGUCUCUUCUACGUGGGCGAGCCUCAGAUGGACCUCACGCCACCGGCCCACUAUGCCAGCCGCACUGACACAGCCGCCGCCUACCGGGAGGUCACCCAGGCUACUGCUGGGCGCUUCCACUGGUUUGGAGACCACAGGUUGCGUGAGGGUAUUUACGAAAGCGAUGACAUCAACGCCAUCAUGUCUGAGAGAAAGGCUCUCAAUUACUCCCAAAAGUGUGCCUUACUGGUGUCUUCCCUGAAGAAACAGUCUGGAAAAGAACUGGAAAAUGCAGUUCUCCUGAAGGAAAAACCAAAGAUACUCAAGCGAAGAAGUCAGCCCAAGAAAGUCUUUUCUUCCAAACCCGCAGCUGCCUCAGUGGCCAGAAUGAGCCUUAAAGAUGACCCUGACAGAGAGAAGAGCUCCCCCCUGCACACUCAAACUUGGCGGCCCCCCAGCGGCAGAGCAGGCAUCCCACCAGCUGCAGCCUGGCCCGCGAGAGAAGGGCCUGCAAAACAGAGGAGGAAGACAAUGUGGAGGGAAGCAGAGACCUCUCUCUCCCUUUUUUAUACAGAAUCGGAGAAUAACGUGGGCUUCGUAUACAAGAAGUACCCUCAAGGAAGGGGCAUACGAAGGGUUAGCACGUCCAUCCAGUUGCCCAGGAAGGAUACAGUUUGCUCAAGCCAAGAGUGGGUAGCAAAUUAUGGGCUAAAAAAACUGAAUAUGGAAAUCUCCAGAUACUUGGGUCCCAGCUGCACUCAUCAGAAGUCAGUCCAGGGGCUGGUGUCAGCCAAAUACUGCAGCAUCUUGCCCAGCAUAGAAAUCAACGGGAUAGUGAGACACAUCCACUGGACGCCCAGGGAAAUGGAAGCGUACAUCACGUGCCUAGAGAAGGUGAUGAGGCGCUAUGUCCAGAGGCUGCAGUGGCUGCUGUCCGGGAGCCGCCGGCUGUUUGGGGCCAUUUUGGAGAGCCGAGUGUGCAUCCUGGUGGACACGUCGGGGUCUGUGGGCCCCGCGCUGCAGCAGGUGAAGACGGAGCUGAUCCUGCUGAUCUGGGAGCAGCUGCGGAAGCACUGCGACAGCUUCAACCUGCUCAGCUUUGCGGAGGACCUGCGACUGUGGCGGGACACUCUGGUGGAGACCACCGACGCGGCAUGCCACGAGGCCAUGCAGUGGGUGACCCACCUGGGCGCUCAGGGGGGUACCUCCAUCCUGCAAGCGUUACUGAAAGCUUUCAGUUUUCAUGAUGUGGAAGGAUUGUACCUCCUGACUGAUGGGAAGCCAGAUACAAGCUGCAGCCUUAUUCUGAGCGAAGUUCAAAGACUCAAGGAGAAAAGAGAUGUGAAAAUCCACACCAUUUCCCUGAACUGCUCAGGCAGGACAGCAGCUGACUUCCUGAGAAACCUGGCCGCCCUCACUGGGGGCCGCUACCACUGCCCCGUUGACGAGGACACACUCCUCAGAAUCCACGGCCUAUUGACCAAGGGCUUCGUGGAUGAAAGGGAUCCCGUGUUGCCACCGUUUGAAGGAGAUGAUUUAAGGAGAUUGGCCCAGGAGAUCACCAAGGCCAGAAGAUUCCUCUGGAAGGCCCAGUCCUUCAGGUCCCAACUCCAGAAGAAAAACAACAUAGAACCAAAUGUUACUCCUCUUUAGACAAGUGUUCUCAGCCACAGAACUGUCACUCCCUGGGAAGCUUUGCAUCACGCCCUGCCUGGAACGCCCUCUCACCACCCUCUGCCCGGUGACUCCUGCUCAUCAAUGAAGACACAGCUCAAAUGGCAUCAGCUCCACUAUGAAGAGGCCCCUGAGACCCACCAAGAGCUGGGACCCUCCCGCCUUCCUUCCAUUGUGUCCUGGCCAAACAUCCCUUUUCAUAGCCAUGACACUGACCACUUAUUACACCCAGCACUCCGUGUCACACUUCCUUGCUUCCCUGCCCACUUUUCUUGACUGUGUGCUCCCAGGAUGAGGCUGGUGUCCUAUAACCAUCUCUAGGUCCCCAGGACCUGCCACGGGGCCGAUGGAGUAAACUGUGAGCAUCCUGCUUGGUUGUGGAAGCCCAGCUCUAGAAAUCAGCCAGAGCGUGUUAUUUUACCCUGACCCCCUCACUCUGUGCUUCCAACCACCCUGGUCCGUGGUAAGGGGGGGGUGCAGAUUCAGCCUCAGCCCAUCUUGGGAGAAGAAACAAGUGGGGCUUCCCACCUGCCCCCUUACCUGUUCAACCGAACUGGAUUGCAGGUCUGCUCUGGAGCCAAGUGCAGAGAGAGAGUGCUCUGCUCUAGCAGGUGAAAACCAAGCGGAGUCUGCUGGGCCCCGCCCCGCUGUGUACAUAUGAAGCAAAUAUGUCCUGUAGUAUGUGGUCUGGGGUCACUCCUGAGACAAAAAAUGGCUUGAAUUUAAUUAAAUUAUAAUCCAAAUGAGUUGUAAGCUGAAGUGAUGAUUGG